GACCUUUUAAAUGUGUUGUGAAAAAAUGCUUUGUUUUUUAGGUCGUCGGUGUCUAAGCCCAACGAGAAAAGUUCAUCGCACAGCAAGGCUCGAGACGAGGAUGUUUCUAUGGACUCCUUUCUUCAAGAACUCCCUCCUCUUCAGAAAGAAGAUUUUCGGCAGCAUGUUGGACCCUCAGAGGAAGCCGGGAGUUAUGAGAAGUGGAUAUGAUGGUUUGGGAGGACGUACUAAAUUCAUCCAACCUUCUCCUUUAUCAGAGAUUCGCCCACUGAUGAAAGCUAAAAGGAAAAAGGUGUGCAGGCCUCCACCCAAGAUGGCCACCUGCCUGACUCUGGACGGCUUCCUGGAUUAAGAGUCGACCUCUCCUUCCCCGGUCGUGGGGUCGGAGGUCAUCAUAACGCUGCUGCUGUGAGAUGGAGCGUGUUUGUGCUCCGCUGGCACACUGAGCACCAAACGGGACUCUCAUCAAAUUUCAUUCAAAAGCAGUGACUGACCUCACACUGGACUACAGAUGCUGAUUGGUCACAUCAACAAAUGCUGUACAUUUUAUUUGCGUGUAGAUUGAGACGUAUGUGGACACUUUGUCCCGCUUUUCUUCUUCUUUCUUUGUGCCUUUAUAUGUGCGAGGCAAAUUGACUUAUUUACAAACCAUUGGCAUGUCAGCAUGUUGUUCACAAUGCAUCUGUUGACUUCACUUAUUUGUAUUUAAAACACCAACAUGUGUAUAUACUUAGUUUUUUUACUUGACGUGUUUUUUCAAAUGAAAACCAACUCGAAUAAUAAACAAUAUUUUUUUUU